GCCAACCCUCCAACACCAACAAACACAGCGCUGCAGCCAGUCCAGCGCACCAGCAGCAGCAGCAAAUAUGCUCUCCCUCAAGACAUCCAAGAGCCGCACAGCAUCCAGCGGCAUGCACAGGCGCACCAGCGAUGCAGUCGCCGGAGACGAGCGAUCUCAUCUGCUCAGCGGGCAUCACCGUGAUGACGGUGCCUCAAGCUCUUUCAUGGGCAAGCUCAAGCAGGCUACUAAGGCCAUUCUUUUCCAAAACUACGUCAACGUGCUGCUCGUCUUUGUCCCUCUCGGGAUCUUGUCUGAGGUUCUCCACUGGGGCCCGGUUGCGCGCUUCACCCUCAAUUUCCUCGCCAUCGUGCCACUUGCAUCGCUCCUCUCUUUCGCUACCGAAGAGUUGGCACUCAAAGUGGGUCAGACACUUGGCGGACUGCUCAAUGCAAGUUUCGGUAAUGCAGUUGAGCUGAUUGUCUCGGUUAUCGCUUUGACCAAAGGCCAGCUGCGUAUCGUGCAGGCUUCCAUGCUCGGUUCCAUCCUUUCCAAUAUCCUGCUUGUUCUUGGCAUGUGCUUUGUCGGCGGAGGUAUCUAUUACAAGGAACAAGAGUUCAACAUGACCGUGGCGCAGACCAUGUCCUCCCUUAUGGCGCUAGGCACUUCUUCACUGUUGCUGCCAGCUGCAUUCAACCUAGCUCUUCCAGCAUCCAAGCACCUCGAUGCCGAGACUUUGGCACUCUCCCGUGGUACAUCCAUCAUCCUCCUUGUCAUCUAUGCGCUGUACCUCGUGUUUCAGCUCAAGACGCAUGCCGAGCUGUUUGAGGCAGAAAAUGACGACGAAGCUGACGCGCAAAUUUCUCCUUGGACUGCAGCUGGUUUGCUGCUUGUUGUCACUGUCAUUGUGUCUUUCUGCGCCGAUAUUCUCGUUGGCAGCAUCGACGAACUCGUCGAGAGCACUGGAAUCAGCAAAACCUUUGUUGGAUUGAUCCUUAUUCCGAUCGUUGGCAAUGCUGCAGAGCAUGUGACUGCAGUGGUAGUGACAAUGAAGAACAAGGUUGACUUGGCCAUCGGCGUGUCACUCGGCAGUGCAAUCCAAAUCUCCAUCUUCAUGACUCCCAUGCUUGUCCUGAUCGGAUGGGCUAUGGGUCAGCCUCUAUCUCUCUACUUCUUGCCCUUCGAGACCAUCUGCUUGUUUGUCAGCGUCAUCGUGGUCAAUUCGACGAUCCAAGACGGCAAAUCAAAUUGGAUGGAGGGAGCUCAGCUGUUGGCCAUCUACGCUAUCAUUGCCAUUGGUUUCUACGUCUACCCAUCAUAAGCGCUUCGUGCUCCGGCAGCAAACGCUCUUUGGUCGAACAACGAUCUCUUCGACUUCCCCUGACCACGACAUGGAGCAGUCUCCCGUGUACAAUUGUCAUACAAUACCUUGAAGACUUUUUAGUAGUAAUGGAUUAUCAAGCAAUUCGAUCUUUAGUAGUAAUAGAUCAUCAAGCA